AACAUAAUCUUCAGAAUUUAAAUCUUGCUUCACUAAGUAUUUCGAAGAAAUAAGCCAUGAAAGCAAGCUUAGCUCUUGUACUCGUGCUCGUCUUGAUUUUAGGAAUUACUAUUCCUCAUGGAGUCACUGCUGCAGCUAUGCCUGCGUCUUCUGAUUCAGAAAAACAAAUUAGUUCGGAAAAAAUGAAGCUCGAAGAAAUUUUGUUGAAAAUAAAAGUGAUUGUUAAAGAAAUGAUGCCGAAAAUUAAACUGGUUGUUUUAGAAGAACUUAAACCGAAAGUGGAAGAAUUUAUAUCGAAAUUAAAACCGCUUAUAGAAGAAUUUAAAUCGAUACUGAAAAAGAACAUUAAAUAUUCCGUUGUUUCAAUUUUUAAAAUGAUGAUACACAAACUUAUGUACGUUUAAUAACAGCGAGAAAAUAAAGAUCCUGACAAUAAGCAUGUAAUUAAAUGACAAAGAUAUCCUAGCAUUAAAAAAAUUAAUCUUAGCAAUCUGCAGAAAACAAAAAGAUUUAAAUAUUUUUCUCGAUGUAUAAAACAUUAUUUCUUAUUUUCGUUCAAAAUGGUUUUUUAUGUUAAUAAAAUAUAUUAUACAUAUCUAUAUGUAAUUGCAAGAAUAAAUUGAAAUAAAUAAUAUUAAGGAAAGAGAAA